ACUAUACCAUUUAAAUAACAAAUUAAAACGAAUGAGUGUUUUUGAAAAUUCCGUCGGCAAAGAUAUGCAGCGCUCUCCUUCAUCGGAUAUCCCAAAAAACUCCAAACCACCAUACAGUUAUGUAGCACUUAUCGCUAUGGCCAUACAGAGUUCUCCUUUGAAAAGGGCAACACUAAAUGAAAUUUAUAAUUUUAUUGUAUCGAAAUUUCCGUAUUUUGAACAAAAUAAAAAGGGUUGGCAAAACUCAAUUCGCCACAAUUUGAGUUUAAAUGAAUGUUUCGUGAAAGUCCCUCGUGAAGGUGCCGGAGAAAGAAAAGGCAAUUACUGGACGUUAGAUCCCCACUAUGAAGAUAUGUUUGAAAACGGAAAUUAUCGAAGAAGACGUCGAAUGAAACGCCCUUAUCGCUCUAUUGGUCAGUUUUCGAAAAUAAUGUCUGAUAUAUAUUCAGUAAAGCCAACGAUUAGCGCACUGCCAUGUCAACCAUAUUACAGCUCACAAUGGAUGGGAUCCCAGACAACACCUUCGUACAAUACAUGCAGUGCAAGAAUUAAUUACACCAACAAUUACUCGAUAUACUCACCUCAGGGAACCUUAAAUGCUGGAAAUACCUAUAACAGUUUGGUAACAAAAGAUAAUGUUCCUGCAGCUUUGCCUGUUGAAGGCCCUAAAGUAUGUAAUGAAAAUUCAAUCCGCUUCUGGGACUCCACAGCAUCCAGAAAUAUAAUGGAGGAAGAUCCUUAUAGUUUGAAUGUGGAGCUAUCACCGAUUGCAGCGAACUAUGGGAAGCCGUUUUCAGCUCCAUAAUGAUUAAUACCCUUUUUUGUACCAUUAACUACUUCCUGUAAUUUAAUUCUAUUCUAUUUAAUUCUAUGAUAUGUAUUAUUACAUAUUAUUACUUUACAAAAUGAAUAAAUUGAUAUUUAAGAAUGCCAUA